UACUUAUGGUAUCUACCUCCCCCUGUGGGUUACUUAUGGUAUCUAUCUCCCCCACAGGGGGAGAUUACUUACUUAAAACAAAUCCAAAUUUAAUAAACUCCCCAUAUCUAUUGUGUGAAAUACCACAGUGUACCAUCACAGCAGCAAGAUGUGUGACCUGUUGCCACAAGAAAAGGGCAACCAGUGAAGAACAAACACCAUUGUAAAUACAACAAUUUAUUUUUCCUUUUGUACUUUAACUGUAUAUAGUCAUAAUAUGCCGUUUGAAAUGUCUCUAUUCCUUUGGAACUCUUGUUUGUGAAAUGUUUACUGUUAAUUUGUAUUGUUUAUAAUCUAUUUUACUUGCUUUGGCAAUGUGAAAUAUGUUUCCCAUGCCAAUAAAGACCGUUGAAUUUAAUUGUAGUUUUUAUGCCCUGACAUCAAAUCAAAUCAAAUCAAAUUUAUUUUUAUAUAGCCCUUCGUACAUCAGCUGAUAUUCUCAAAGUGCUGUACAGAAACCCAGCCUAAAACCCCAAACAGCAAGCAAUGCAUGUGAAAGAAGCACGGUGGCUAGGAAAAACUCCCUAGGAAAAACUCCCUAGAAAGGCCAAAACCUAGGAAGAAACCUAGGAACUGGCGCCGAAAAGUUUGUUUAAACAAUUCAGAGACUGAAACGAAUACGUCAGAUGACUUACAUUAAAGGGCAACAUAUCGAUAUACAAUGUUUUAGUAAACCACAGUUUCUAAACUCAGAGGCGCAACAUUGCCAGACUUCCGGGAACGCUUGCGAAGCAGACCAGGCCGGGGUUUAAGAAGUCAAAGAGAAAAGUGAACAUUUCUUCCUUAGUUGUUAAUUUUAAAAAGAUCUAAAGGCACAAUCUAGAUUCGAACCAAUGUAUUAGGUAGUUGAACAUGUUAUUACUCCAACCUUUGCGAAAGUUUUUUUCACGUUCGUAAAAAUAAAAAAUAUAAAAACUUUAUACUGAAGGAAUGUCUUUGAAUUGAUGGCCUUUCCAUGCGCAAUUCAGCGCAUAACGUCCAUUAGACGUGUUUCUGCGCAUGAUCUUAGCUUGUCGACGUCGCCAUGACAUCACCUACAACCGUGAUCGAGGAUUUCAACCAGAGAAGCAGUUUCUGGUUGUCUUCAUACUGUACUGUCCCUGAGUGAACCUUGAAUACAGAAUGGUGAAUUCUCUUCCGCAACACGGUAGACUUCUCCUCACCACCACCACUCUUGCCGCGUUCACACUAUAUAUAUAUUUUUUAUUUUAUUUUAUUUUUUAUUAAACAGUAACAUGCAAAACACACAAAAAAACAGAACAGCCAGAGGGAUUUCACAAAGAAAUAAGGAAGAGAAAAAAACACAAAUCCACAAUCUAUCAAUUGAAAUCCAGACAUGUAGCUAAUACAUUUUUUGAAACAUUUUGAUUGGUAUAUAUUUUAAUAAUUCUAAAUAGUUUUCCAAAUCAGAUUUUAAAAAAUUAAGGGUCUUUUUCUUCAUACAUUUUUAUUUGUAUGAAAAUGUUUCCUAAAAUAAAGAGAUUUAUGACAUACUCCCGUUCAGUUGCGGAAUCAGUGUAGUAAAAUAAUAUGUCAAACUUAGAUAUUUCAAUGGUUGUAUGCAUUUUGUUGCCAAGAUAUAGUUUGACAUCAGUCCAGAACACUUCACUAUGUGAAAAAUGACAGAAUAAGUGUUCUACACCUGCAUUGUUUGGGGUUUUAGGCUGGGUUUCUGUACAGCUGAUGUAAGAAGGGCUAUAUAAAUACAUUUGAUUUGAAUAGAUUCAGUUUCUAGUUCACAAAAACUGCAUUCACUGGUACCAUCAGGUAUAUAUUUAGGAAUCAAGCUAUUACACGGAUAGAAUCUAUGGAGCAUCUUCAAGCAGAUCUCCUUUACUUUAUUGGCCACCAUGAAUUUGUGUGAAGUGAGCCAAGCAUGGCGCCAAGUUUACAUCAAACGAUGAAGCCCAACAAAAUAUUGCAGAGGGAAUAGCCUUCCUGUAGAAAAUAUCCCUUUAUAAACGAUUGUUGAAUUUCUUAUCUAAUAAACCUAUGCCAUUCACCUGGAUAUUGCUUACAAUAGGAGAUAUUCCAAAAUAUUCAUUAUUCUGAAAUAAUGAUUUUAUUCCACUAGGUACAGCUUUUAUUACAGUGUCAUAUUCCUUGCUUGAAAACAUCAAAGUUGUAUCUUUCCAUAAAUUGUCUCUGCGUAAAUAGAUUCUCACUAAUACGAACUAAUUAGCUGACAAGGACAAUGUUUUUUCGAUAACCAGUUACGGUAAAAUAACAUCUUGUUUCUAUGUAAUAUCGACCCAUUAUUCCAUAUAAAACAUUUAUGAGGUGAAAAGUUAUUCCGAGUGGCCUACUAAAUUUGUCGUCGUUAUUUAGGAGUGUGAUUGGACGCCAAUUAUACAUAUUUAAGAGAAACUUCUACAUGUACCGCGUUCGCCAGUUAGCAAAUCAGAAAUGUCCGAGUCUCAUGGUUUCCGACUAUGACCUGAACGCAGCAUAAGAACCCUUCAAAACGAGGGGCGUGCCUCGGUUGUCGCUGCGCAACCAACCAGGAAGCUACAGUGGAUAAGAAAAAAAAAUGUAAACAAGAACUAGUGUUUGUAUCAAAUAUAUUUAUAAUUAGCUUUUUGUUCUGUCUUUGUUUUGUAUUGUAUGACAGCCGACACAGACACGCCUGUCUAUUGUACCAUUAGCUACCAGUGUAUAAAUCUCCUAUCCACACAGCGAUGUCUCGGAAAGAAAGAGAAUGAAGAAUAUUAUGUUUUUUUCUCUCGGUGACAGAACCACGCACACACGAGAAGAGAGACACUGAAUAUAAAGUCACCGCAAGGGUCGGUUUAUCAAUUUGUCUUAUUGGUAUCUUAGUAGCCGCUAGCAAGCUAGUUAACGUUUGUCAUUUCAAUGCAUUGUUUUGACUGUCUUGUUAUAACUAGCUAGUAGAGACUUUGUCAGGAUAGUCAUGUGUAAUUGAGGGCUAUUUGGUUGUUAUUCUAAGAACAUCUGCGCUUUCAAUGACAGAUUGACCAGGUGAAUCCAGGUGAAAGCUAUAGGCUCUUAUUGAUGUCACUUGUUAAUAAAUCAUAUUCAAUCAGUGUCGAUGGAGGAGACGGGUUAAAGAAUAAUUUGUAAACCUUGAGACAUGGAUUGUGUAUGUGUGCCCAGUGGUGGAAAAAGUACUCAAUUUUCAUACUUGAGUAAAAGUAAAGAUACCUUAAUAGAAAAUGACUCAAGUGAAAGUCAACCAGUAAAAUAUGACUUGAGUAAAAUUAUUUGGUUUUAAAUAUACUUAAGUAUCAAAAGUAAAUGUAAUUGCUAAAAUGUAUAAAUCAUUUCAAAUUCCUUAUUAAGCAAACUAGACAGCACAACUGUUUAUGUUGUUGUUGUUGUUGAUGGAUAGCCAGGGGCACACUCCAGCAUGUGUAAAUGUAUGGAGUAAAAAGUACAUUCUUUUCUUUAGGACUGUAGUAAAGUAAAAGUUGGCAGAAAUAUAAAUAAAGUACAGAUACUCGCCCAAAAAUAAUUAAGUAGUACUAUAAAGUAUUUUUAUUUAAGUACUUUACACCACUGUGUGCUAUAAAGAAGGUGAAUGGGCAAGGCAAAAUAUUUAAGUGCCUUUGAACGGGGUUUGGUAGUAGGUGCCAGGUGCACCAGUUUGUUUCAAGAACUGCAACUCUGCUGGGUUUUUCACUCAACCGUUUCACGUGUGUAUCAAGAAUGGUCCUCCCCCCCAAAGGACAUCCAGACAACUUGACCCAAGUGUGGGAAGCGUUGGUGUCAACAUGGCCCAGCAUCCCCGUGGAACUCUUUUGAUACCUUGUAGUCCAUGCCCCAACAAAUCAAGGCUGUUCUGAGGGCAAAAGUGAUGCAGCUCUAUAUUAGGAAAGUGUUCCUUAUGUUUGGUAUACUCUGUGUAUACCACUGUGUAUACCAGUAGAUGCUCCUCAGAGAAUGUGGAGGACAAUCCUCCUCAGUGAAUUUCAUAAAAAUGGUAAAACAUUUAAUGUUAUCCAUUUUAGAUCAAAAUUAAAUAAAGUUAGAUAAAGCACUCUGUAGGGUAGCACCAUGGUGUAGCCGGAGGACAGCUAGCUUCCAUCCUCCUCUAGGUACAUUUACUUCAAUAGAAAACCCUAACCCUAACCCAUGGUUCUCACCCCCUUCCAUAGACUUACACAGUAAUUAGGACAACUUCCAGAGGACGUCCUCCAACCUAUUAGGGCUCUUGCAGCAUGAACUGAUAUGUUGUCCACCCAAAGGAUCAGAGAAUGACUCUAGUACUGAAAGCAUAAGCUAGAAAGACAAUAGUUAAACAGUUUUGUACAAAUUUAAUUUCUUCCAAAAUGAAGUUUUACUUUAUUAGCUAGCAAAUGCAGCUAGCUAGUUUAGCCUACUGAAACACCCUGCUCAAACCGAGGGAUGCUAUGUUAGCUAGCUGGCUAUGACUAUCCAACACAACGCUGGAACUCUUCCAAGUCAAGGGCUUUUGGUUUUACUCAAUUGUUGCCACUGGGGACUGCUGGUGUAAGUGCUAAACUGCUUACUGACUAUGCUGUAAUGUUACCGCAUGAUUGUAGCAGGUUUAGCUAUGUUGACUAUGACUUUAGCUAAUAUGGAGACAACGAUGUAGGCUGUGUGUAGCAGUUAUGAUGUGGUUUGGCUUGGAAAUAUUUUUUUUCUCCUGGUCACAUCCAGCUGAUGUGCUGUAAAUUGAAGUCCACAAGUGAAGGGAAAAGGUUAGAGGAGGAGAGCGCAUAGAUGCGAGAAGGAAUACAAUGUGGCUGCUAUGAAAGGGAACUGUGAAGGGUCUCCCGAGUGGCGUAGGGGUCUAAGGCCCUGCAUCACAGUGCUAGCUGUGCCACUAGAGAUCCUGGUUGGGGCCGAUGGGGCAGCGCACAAUUGGCCCAGCGUCGUCCGGGUUAGGGAAGGGGAAGGGUUUGGCCGGCGGGGACGUCCUUCUCCCAUCGAGCUCUAGCGACUCCUGUGGUGGGCCGGGUGCAGUGCACGCUGACACGGUCGCCAGGUGUACGGUGUUUCCUUCGACACAUUGGUGCGGCUGGCUUCUUGGUUAAGUGGGCAUUGUGUCAAAAAGCAGUGCGGCUUGGUUGGGUCGUGUUUCGGAGGACGCACGGCUCUCGACCUUCGCCUCUCCCGAAUCCGUACGGGAGUUGCAGCGAUGAGACAAGACCGUAACUAUCAAUUGGAUACCAUGAAAUUGGGGAGAAAAAAAAAUAAGUUAUGUGUGAUCAAGCUGCCAAUUUUGUUGAAAAUUUCAAGCACAGCUGUUAGCUAGCUAAUCAAUUUCAAAGGGGCAUUGUUGGGAACUCGUGAUUCGUUGCAUGACUUGAGCCUCAACCCCAGUGACUACACCCUUCUUGGGUAACUAGACCCCCCCGCCACACACACACACGCACUCCCCUAGCCCCCCACCCUACUCCUCCCCCUUACCUUCUAGCUGCUGAUAAUACUGUGCUUCCAACCCUCCUGUCCUUUGUACACAUGGACUUCAAACCAUUGAUCUCUUCUAUGUAAAUACAAUGCACAGAUCAAUGAACUUAUCACCCUGUCCUUACCUACCUUCUCUCCCUCCUUCUCUCCCUGUCUUCUCUUGAGAGCCAGGUCUGCCUACGGUGGCCUUUCUCAAUAGCAAGGCUAUGCUCACUGAGUCUGUAUAUAGUCAACGCUUUCCUUAAUUUUGUGUCAGUCACAGUGGUCAGGUAUUCUGCCACUGUGUACUCUCUGUUUAGGGACAAAUAGCAUUCUAGUUUUUUGGGGUUGAUUCUUUUCAGUGUGUCAAAUAGUUAUCUUUUUGUUUUCUCAUAAUUUGGUUGGGUCUAAUCGUGUUGCUGUCCUGGGGCUCUGUGGGGUCUGUUUGUGUUUGUGUUUGGUAACAGAGCUCCAGGACCAGCUUGCUUAAGAGACUCUUCUCCAGGUUCAUUUCUCUGUAGGUGAUGGCUUUGUUAUGAAAGGUUUGGGAAUCGCUUCCUUUUAGGUGGUUGUAGAAUUUAACGGCUCUUUUCUGGAUGUUAAUAACUAGUGUGUAUAGUCCCUCCCCCUCUCAUCCCCCUCCCCCAGCGCAAAGGCUCAGACUGUGAACUAGCGGAGGAGGAGGGGACUGUGGCUCCUAUUCAACCCCAGGACCUGGGCCUCUCCCUGGGCACAGAUCUAGGCGAGCCUGAGGUUGGUGGCUGAGGCCUAUAGUGAGAUGGGUGGGAGUCCUACUCCGGUGGAAGAGACUGAGCUACCAGAUGAGCUAGAAAACCGAGUUCCCUCUCAGUUCCACCCCGGGUCCUGGGAACGGACCAAUCACAGUCUCAGGAGGAGUUUGAUUUGCUAUUUGACUCUGUGGUUGGGGAGGAGCCUACGGGAGAAGUUCCGCCCCCUGCUCUCGCCGAUAAUGACCUUGCCAUCUUCGACCCCUGUACUAAAGGUCAGAGGUCAAGCACACACACGUACAGAGACUACUACUACUGCUGCUUCUCCCAAUCCGAGUGGCUCAGCGGUCUAAGGCACUGCAUCUCGGUGCUAGAGGAGUCACUACAGACACCCUGGUUCGAAUCCAGGCUGUAUCACAACCGGCCGUGAUUGGGAGUCCCAUAGGGCAGCACACAAUUGGGCCCAGCGUUGUCCAGGUUUGGCCGGGACCAACCUCACACGACCACUCAGAACUCCUGUCGCGGCCCCUGACCAAUCCGGACGGCGACGAGGCAGGCAGGCAGCCAAUGAGCUCACAGCUGCAAUGGAGAGGGAGAGUACGGUACAGCCAUACUGAAAUACAAGACAGCUGUGGAUUUACUCAUCACUGGAGUUAAAGAAACAGUCAUCGACGAGGAGAAGAGAAGACUCCAUGGAUUCCCCUUCUGAUCUGUUUGGUCGUCAGUCCUCCCUGAUUUCUCCCUUUGACCCGUAUCCUAACCCCUCCACCGCCCUUGACCUCCCCAGACACAUCACACCCUCUGGAGGGGGCACGGUGCACCCUACCCUGGAGCCAACCCCUCCCCAACCCCACUACCCCCUCAUCCACCACCUGCUGCAGCCUGGUGGAGCCCCCAUGAGGUCCAAGGGGCAAUUACACCUAGACAGAUAUAACAGGGAAGAGGAAGGGAUGGAGGGGGAGAAGGAGGAAGGGAUGGGUGGACGGUUGGUAGGGGUGGGGGGGAAGAGGCUGAGUGGGGCCGCCCUAGUGGCGGACUGGAGUUAUGACAUAAUGAGAGUGAAACGAUUGAGACUGGAGAGUCUAGUUUUCGGAGAUGGAGAGAUAGGCUUAGAGGAAGAAGAGGAGGAGGAGAAAGGGAGGAGGAGUGCAGAGAGGGGGAACAGGGAGAAAGGGCGGGAGGGGAGGAGGAAAAGGGAGAAAGAGGAGCUGAAAGAACAGUUGGAAGAGGCGAGAGGAAGACUGAAGGACUUGCAGGAGAAAGUAUGGAAAGCAUUCGGAGAGAGAUCCGCUCAGGAGGAGGAGAAGAGGUGGAGCGGGGGAGAGCAGGAGGAGGAUGGCGAUGGAGAGAUGAACAAAGAGGAGGAGGAGACGGCAAAAGGGAUCACUGAAGAAGAAGUAGGAGAAAUAGACGAUCUCUCUCUUCCCUUCAUCCCCUCUUCUCCCCAUUUCCAAGGCAUCGCUAAACAAGACCGAAAAGCGGAGGAUCACGAGAAAAGGAGUGAAGAACAGAGGAACGUGAACGGAGGAGGUGGGGUGUUUUUGGAGGGGGUUUUGAAGAGGGCGGCAGUGUGGAUGGGGUGUGGGGUGGUGAGGGGGGAGUGGGAGCGUUUUGGAGGGGAGCAGAAGUUUGCCCAAGCUUUGAAACAGGAACUGGGAAGCGCUGUAGCUCGAGUCAUCGAUAGGGUCCUCCGUCUAUACACCCAAAACGACCCUCUACCUCGAUCCAUUCAUCCAUCACCCGGAGAGGGAAGGAACGUGGGAGGAGGCGGAGGAGGAGUGUGGGCAGCCCUGAGAGAGAGGGAGGAGAGGAAGGAGAGAGGACGCGGGGGAGGUUCAGCAACACACGACCAACCUCCCCACUCAAACGGAGGUCCGCCCCCACACCCCCACCAGGAACAAUCUGAAGCGUUGCCGUUGAUUACCCGUCGCCCCGACAACCGCCGAAACAAUCUUCUACCCCCCAAUAACCCAACUAAAAACACUCUUCUCCCUCCUCACCCCUUCCCCCCUCUCUGUCAGCCUCACCCCGCCUUCCUCCCCCCCUCCUCUCGUCAUAAGGACUCCUCCCCCUUCCUCCCGCCCUCCUCCUGCCUGCUCCCCAUCCCCCUCCUCCACUACACCAUGCAACAGCUCUUUACUCGUUCUCUCUCUCACCUUCACCCUCUCCACAAAGGGGGCAUUAUGAACUCUGAUGUUUACAUGGAGGGGAACCCUUUCCCCCACCACCUCACCUCCUCCUCCUCUUCCUCUCAUCCCUCCUUCCCUCCCCUCGCUGUGAUGGAGGGAUUGGAUCGGCUGGAUGGAGGGCUGCAACAUCAUCAUGAGAGGGAUGGAGGGAUGAGAGGAGGAAGGGACGGAGGGAUGGAUUCUGGGAUAUAUCUCGGUCUGGGUUCAUCUCAGGAGGGUUUGUCUCCCUGUCAUCUGAAGAAAGCCAAACUGAUGUUCUUCUACGCUAGAUACCCCAGCUCUAACACGCUCAAGACUUAUUUCCCUGAUGUCAAGUUCAACCGCUGCGUGACCUCCCAGCUCAUCAAGUGGUUCAGUAACUUCCGUGAGUUCUUCUACAUCCAGAUGGAGCGCUUCGCCAGGCAGGCUGCCCGCGACGGUGCACUCUGCCUGGGGAGAGAUAGCAGAGAGACCCCCCUACGCCUGGGCCGGGACACUGAGCUCUAUCGCAUACUGAACAUGCAUUAUAACAAGAGCAACGACUACCAAGUUCCUGACAGGUUUGUGGAGAUAGCAGAGUUAGCACUGAGAGAGUUCUACACGGCGAUACAGACUGGGAGAGAUAGUGACCCCUGCUGGAAGAAAUACAUUUACAAGAUUAUCUGUAAACUAGAUAGCCCUGUUCCGGAUAGUUUUAGGCUGCCUGGCUGUCCAAUGGGCUGAGGAGAGGACACGCACACAAACCUGCAAGGGGAACACACACACACACACACACACACACACACACACACACACACACACACACACACACACACACACAAGGGACAUAUACACACACACACACACACACGGAACACACACACACAAACCACAAGGGACACACACGGAACACACACACACACAAACCGCAAGGGGGACACACACAAAUUCAUUGAACAGUCCUGUACCAGAUGCCUGGGUGCCCUAUGGGCUGAAGUGUGAGGACACACACACUGCACGGGAAGCACAUUGUAUGGGACAUCCAUGCUCACACACACACACACACACACACACACACACACACACACACACACACACACACACAAACACUGCAACGGAUGCAGGAACACACACAAUGAGCUGACGAAUUAAAUGUAAAAUAUGUCACUAGUAUAAAUUCAUACAUUGAAGUAAUUGUUAACGUGUUCUAUUGGAAAGGUAUACAACACAUGCUAUACUAUUACUAACUACUGCACAAUGUGUUCUGCCAUGAAUCUCUCUGGUUGUUGGUCGCUAUAGUUCGCUGGCUCUUAUUGGCUGUGUUACUCAAUACCACAUCUGGGUUCAAAUAGUAUUUAGUGUUUGUUUUUUGCUCGCCUGGAGUGCCAGACUGUUAUAUUAGUGCCAUUGCAACUGGUAAACUCAAUCAAGCACAGAGGGUAUUUGUAAUGAUUUCAAAUAGCAUGUGAGGCCAUAGAGAUGGAAAGAGGUCUCCUCUUUUGUAAUGAUUUCAAAUAGCAUGUGAGGCCAUAGAGAUGGAAAGAGGUCUCCUCUUUUGUAAUGAUUUCAAAUAGCAUGUGAGGCCAUAGAGAUGGAAAGAGGUCUCCUCUUUUGUAAUGAUUUCAAAUAGCAUGUGAGGCCAUAGAGAUGGAAAGAGGUCUCCUCUUUUGUAAUGAUUUCAAAUAGCAUGUGAGACCAUAGAGAUGGAAAGAGGUCUCAUCUUUUGUAAUGAUUUCAAAUAGCAUGUGAGGCCAUAGAGAUGGAACGAGGUCUCCUCUUUGUAUCUGUGCCAUUAUGGUGUCUGUGACAGAACGGGAAGCGCCAUUGACGCUAUCUCCAUUUUUAUGCUAAUAUUUGUGAUUUACCUCUACCUGCAGUACUGCAGUCCUGAACCAAACCAUGGCACCCAAUUUGAAAAAGAAGACAAUGGUCUGAUCAUUGGCUGAUUGCUCCCAACCCAUUAGAAUCCCCACCAAGUUGACUACUUUAAAAUGGUGGAAACCCUCACUGGCAAUGUCCAUGCUAAAACAGGUUAUAUCCAAGUUUAUUCCUCUGACUAUCUCUGUUUGAACCCAGAUCUGCUCUAUCCAAUCCAAAACCAUAAAGAUCUCUGGAAAUGGCUCUAUGGUCAAAUUCUUCUAUACAUUCAUUCAUAAUAUUGAAUAUUAUUUUUGUUUACUUGUUUACUAUACUGUUGUUUAGUUGUUGUUAAGAGUAAGAUACAUAAACACACGUAUGUGUAUGUGUAUAUGUAUGUAUGUGUGUAUGUGUGUGUAUAUAUGUGUAUAUGUAUAUAUGUAUGUGUGUAUGUAUAUGUGUGUGUAUAUAUGUGUGUGUGUGUGUGUGUGUGUGUGUGUGUGUGUGUGUGUGUGUGUGUGUGUGUGUGUGUAUGUAUGUGUGUAUAUAUACACACAGCAUUUUAACAUAUAAAUAGAAAUACUAGAAUUGAGAAUAGUAAUUAUAUAAAUUAUAUUUCUAUGGUUUAUUAUGAUUUGUUUAUACAGUAUAUUACAAGAUCUGUGCCUCAGCUUUUUUUGAUGAUUUUUGAUGCUAUUACACACACACACACACACACACACACACACACACACACAGGCACACACUUUUGAUGUUAUGACAUAAUUAUUGUAAUAAAUGAAGGAAGGGUUGAAUAAUGGGGGAAACAGAGUGAUGAAAAGGGGGAAAAUAAAAGGAU